GAAAAUCAUGCUCGGUGGAUUCGACGCCCAAUCGGAAUAUUAUCCACAAUGGCAUCAACCCUGCAAUUACGUCACCCAGCUUCCUUACGGUCCACUCGGUGGUCCCGAUUCGGACAACCAAUCGAGUUAUUGGGGGGCGGAUUCCGGUAUCUCAGGUGGUAGCUCGGGUGCGGGAAGUCCGACGGCUUCUACGCCACCUUUGAUCGAAGAAAUCGGUGUUCAGGAUUCCAAUUAUUCCGGUCUUCAACAAUACGUGCAUCCGAGUUCAACGAACGGUGCUCCUCAACAUUAUUCGACUAUGUUGUAUCCCCAACAACAACAGCACCAUCAUCAUCAUCACCAUCAUCAUCAUCAACAGCAACAUCAACAACACCAACAACAACACGAACAACGCAGAGAAGAAGAUUUUACGAUGGCCGCCGGUAUUGGUGGGCCAAAUGUUUCGUUGAACAACGUCGAACUUGGAGUUGGCGUCGGCGGAGUUGGCGUCGGUGGUGUUGGCGUCGGAUCACUGCAACAACAUCUUCAAAAUCAACAUCUUCAAAGGGAAGUGAUCCCAUUGGUCAGGCCCAAACGUCGAAAUACAGCCAAUAAAAAGGAAAGGAGACGUACUCAGAGUAUCAACAACGCUUUCGCGGAUUUGCGGGAUUGCAUCCCAAACGUUCCAGCGGAUACUAAAUUAUCAAAGAUCAAAACUUUGAGGCUUGCUGCAUCAUACAUCGGAUAUCUUAUGGCUGUAUUGGAAAGCGACGAAACUGAGGAGCCGCAAACAUUUCGUGCCGAAAUAUUGUCCAAUGCUAGGAGAAACAAAAACGCUCAAUCAAAUCAGAACGAGACGUGUUUGCAAUCAAUUUCGAACGUAUCGCAGGAAGAAUCGUCGAAGAGCAAAGGACGAACGGGAUGGCCUCAGCACAUGUGGGCCCUGGAAUUAAAACAAGAAUCACCGACGAAUCAAAUGCAAUAAAUUUACGCACACAAACAUACCAGCCAGAGCCCCCGCGCGUGCAGAU